AUGGAAUUCGAUCUUGAGCUUGGCCUUCUACCAUCUUCUGCGUCUCUGUCCUCAACGCAAUCAAGUAAUGGAGGAAAAAUUUCAAAGCAAGAACAAAUGACUAUUUUCUAUAAUGGAAGAAUCUGUGUUUGCGAUGUAACCCAAGAUCAGGCGAGGCUAAAGGGUGCUGAAAAAACAUAUAUUGAUCUAUGGGGCUAG